UGUUGGUAGGCACUGGGUAUGGCCAAGGACUAGUAGUACAAGACAAGCUUUAAGUUGUUGUGAAGUUAACUAGCAGCAUGUCGCUUAGACUCUUGGCCGAAGUGAGUCCUCAGGACUUGCUCGUAGCUCUUUCCGAGCUCCAAAACCACCUGCUCGGUUACGUUAAGUCCAUGGCGCUCAAGUGCGCCGUGGAUCUCGGCAUCCCAGACGCCAUCCACCGCCGUGGUGGUGCCGCCACCCUCGCCAACAUCGCGACAGACACUGCCGUACAUCCGGCCAAGGUGCCCGACCUCCAGCGCGUGAUGGAACUGCUCAGCACUUCCGGCAUCUUCAGCACCACUGCCGGAGAAGACAGCGGUGAAUCCGGUGCCGUCGUGUACGGGCUAACCACGGCGUGCCGCUUCCUCGUCGGCUGGCGCAACCUGUCCCCUAUUGUGCCGUUCUUCGUGAGCCCUCUCAUCGUCUCCUCCUUCUUCAGCAUGGGCGACUGGUUCAGGAGCGAGCCGGCGGCCGCCGGGUCCCUCUUCGAGCUCGCACACGGCUGCUCCCAGUGGGAGAUGGCGAGCAAGGAUGCCGCGUUGAACAGCGUCCUGAACGACUCCAUGGUCGCUGAUAGCGAGCUCUUCCUCGAGGUCAUUAUUUUGGACAAGGGCCGCAUCUUUCGCGGGCUGAGCUCGCUGGUCGACGUCGGCGGCGGCAAUGGUGCUGGCACGCAGGUCAUCGCGAGGGCGUUCCCACGCAUCAAAUGCACCGUGCUGGACCUUCCUCACGUGGUAGGCCAGGUCACCGCUGGUGACGGCAAACUGCAUUUCAUCGCCGGCGACAUGUUUGAGUCCAUUCCACCUGCAGAUGCUGUCUUACUCAAGAACAUUUUGCAUGAAUGGGGUGAUGAUGAUUGCGUCAAGAUACUUAGACGUUGCAAGGAAGCUAUCCCUGCUAGAAGUGCUGGAGGAAAGGUUAUAAUCAUAGAGAUGGUGAGAGGUUCAGCUCUGGGAGAUAGCAGAAUCAGCGAGAUGGAAGCCUUACAGAACAUGUUCAUGAUGUAUGUCAACGGGGUGGAACGAGGCGAAAAUGAGUGGAAAAAGAUCUUUUCUGAUGCUGGAUUCAGCGAUGAUUACAAAAUCAUGCCGAUAUUGGGUCCCCUUUCAGUAAUUGAGAUCUACCCAUGAAUGCUCGGUGAACUAUAUACCGUACAAUAGCUGACAAUAAAUUACACAUACCUGAACUCCAAUUUUCAUUUGUAUGUGCGUCUCAAGUGAACUCUACGUGUUGUCAAUAAGCAGGCUACCUCGUUAACAUGCUUCUGUUGUCAUGUUUUUUCUCUGGCGGUAGUAAAAAUAUGAUAUCUGUGUGAGCCCAUCGGGGAUAGUUGUUUCCGGAAUUUGGAACUGUAUUUUAUGAAACUAUAUAUAUCAUGUUAUGAUGACUUGGUUUUAUUUCUCCAAACCAUAAAA